CGGCGCCCUGACGUAGUACGCCGCCGGUUGACGCAGCUGCAGUGCCGCUAGCCUCCGCUCCUACCUUGGCUCUGCUCCUCCGCCCUAUGGGUGUCCGAGGCGGCCGGCCGAGCUGGAGCAGCUGCAGGCUGAGGGUGUAGGCAUCAGCGGAGGUCCCGACUCGGGGCUGCUGUGCUGGCAGACUUGUUAAGAUGAAGCGCUGCAGAAGGACCUUCAGAAGAGGAAAGAUAAACAACAUUGAAGAUUAAAAAAUUAAGCAAAAUAAAUCAAAAAAUCUUGUGCCUUUAGAUGUUCUGGAAUAACACCAGUAAUGGAUCAAAGGAAGAAUGACAGCAUUGUCCCCAGUAUCACUCAGUUAGAAGAUUUUCUUACAGAACACAAUUCCAAUGUUGUUUGGCUUCUUGUUGCUACCAUUUUGUCUUGUGGAUGGAUUAUUUAUCUCACAUACUAUAAUUCUCGGAAUGUUGGUCUUAUUUUAACACUGGUUCUUAACAGAUUAUAUAAACAUGGCUAUAUCCAUAUUGGUUCCUUCUCUUUCUCUGUUCUUUCUGGAAAAGUCAUGGUUCGUGAAAUAUAUUACAUAACAGAAGACAUGUCUAUUAGGAUUCAGGAUGGAUUUAUCAUUUUUCGGUGGUGGAAAAUGUAUAACCCAAAGCAGAAACAGCAUGAUCCAAAAGCAGAAACCAGAUUAUAUAUCACAGUUAAUGACUUUGAAUUUCAUGUCUACAAUCGAUCUGAUCUUUAUGGACGCCUUCAAGAGUUGUUUGGUUUGGAACCAACCAUAAUUCCACCCAAGAAAGAUGAUGAUAAAACCCGGGAAAAUGGAAGAACAAGAACGCAGUCCAAAAUUGAAAGAGUUAAAGUAAAAACAGAAUCUCAAGACCCUACAUCUUCAUGGAGAUCACUUAUUCCAGUCAUUAAGGUCAAUGUGAGCACAGGACGUUUGGCCUUUGGGAAUCAUUAUCAACCUCAGACUUUAUGUAUCAAUUUUGAUGAUGCGUUCUUAACUUAUACUACAAAACCACCUUCAAGUCAUCUUGACCAAUUCAUGCACAUUGUGAAAGGAAAGCUUGAAAAUGUUCGAGUCAUGCUUGUUCCUAGUCCAAGAUAUGUUGGCCUACAAAAUGAUGAACCCCCAAGACUAAUGGGAGAAGGAUUUGUGGUGAUGCAGUCAAAUGAUGUCGACAUCUACUAUUACAUGGAUGAGCCAGGACUUGUUCCCGAAGAAACAGAAGAGAGUAUAGAAGGAGAAAUAAGCAGUGAAGAUUGCAAAUUACAAGACUUACCUCCAUGCUGGGGACUAGAUAUCGUUUGUGGUAAAGGAACAGAUUUUAAUUAUGGACCCUGGGCUGACAGGCAGAGAGAUUGUUUAUGGAAGUUUUUCUUUCCCCCUGAUUAUCAAGUUCUGAAAGUUUCUGAGAUUGCACAGCCUGGAAGACCAAGACAAAUCCUUGCAUUUGAACUCCGAAUGAAUAUCAUUGCAGAUGCUACCAUUGACUUGCUGUUCACCAAAAACAGGGAAACAAAUGCUGUGCAUGUAAAUGUAGGGGCUGGCUCAUAUCUAGAAAUUAAUAUUCCGAUGACAGUUGAAGAAAAUGGUUACACCCCUGCAAUUAAAGGACAACUAUUACAUGUUGAUGCUACUACCAGUAUGCAAUAUCGUACCCUUUUAGAAGCAGAAAUGUUAGCAUUCCAUAUCAAUGCCAGCUACCCCAGAAUUUGGAACAUGCCACAGACAUGGCAAUGUGAAUUGGAGGUUUAUAAAGCCACAUACCACUUUAUCUUUGCACAGAAGAACUUCUUUACAGAUCUAAUUCAAGACUGGUCUAGUGACAAUGCUCCAGACAUUUUCUCAUUUGUUCCAUACACAUGGAAUUUUAAAAUCAUGUUCCAUCAGUUUGAAAUGAUUUGGGCUGCCAAUCAACAUAACUGGAUUGACUGUUCCACAAAACAACAGGAAAAUGUGUAUCUGGCAGCGUGUGGAGAGACACUGAACAUUGAUUUUUCUUUGCCUUUUACGGACUUUGUUCCAGCUACAUGCAAUACCAGAUUCUCCUUAAGAGGAGAAGAUGUUGAUCUUCAUUUAUUUCUACCAGAUUGCCACCCCAGUAAAUAUUCAUUAUUUAUGCUGGUAAAGAAUUGUCACCCAAAUAAGAUGGUUCCUGAAACUGGUAUUCCUGCCGAGUGUCAGAGUGGCCAGAAAACAGUUAAACCAAAGUGGCGCAACGUUACUCAGGAAAAGGCUGGUUGGGUUGAAUGCUGGACUGUCCCAAGUGUCAUGCUUACCAUUGAUUAUACCUGGCAUCCAAUUUAUCCACAAAAAGCAGAUGAACAGCUAAAACAGUCAUUGUCAGAAAUGGAAGAAACAAUGCUAUCUGUAUUAAGGCCAGCCCAGAAGGCAUCAGAGAGAGUUGUUUCUUCUCCAUCUACGUCACCACGUCCUCCUGUUGAUCCCUCAGAACUUCCACCUGAUAAACUUCAUGUAGAAAUGGAACUGUCCCCAGAUUCUCAGAUAACUCUCUAUGGACCUCUGUUAAAUGCCUUUUUAUGUAUAAAGGAAAACUACUUUGGAGAAGAUGACAUGUACAUGGACUUUGAAGAGGUCAUUUCAAGCCCUGUCCUGUCACUGUCAACAUCCUCCAGUUCUGGGUGGACUGCUGUUGGAAUGGACAAUGACAAAAGGGAAAAUGAAAGUUCAGCCAAGUCAAUCCAUCCACUUGCUUUGCGGCCCUGGGAUAUUACUGUACUUGUUAAUUUGUAUAAGGUUCAUGGGCGCCUUCCUGUGCACGGAACCACUGAUGGUCCUGAGUGUCCAACAGCAUUCUUGGAAAGACUAUGUUUUGAAAUGAAAAAAGGAUUCAGAGAGACCAUGCUGCAACUUGUCCUGUCACCCCUGAAUGUGUUCGUCAGUGAUAAUUAUCAGCAGCGACCUCCUGUGGAUGAAGUACUGAGGGAAGGGCACAUCAAUUUGUCAGGUCUCCAGCUGAGAGCACAUGCCAUGUUCUCAGCUGAAGGUCUUCCCUUAGGAAGUGACUCCUUAGAAUAUGCAUGGCUGAUUGAUGUGCAGGCUGGAAGCCUUACAGCUAAAGUCACAGCACCACAGCUGGCAUGUCUCUUGGAAUGGGGGCAGACAUUUGUUUUCCAUGUGGUAUGUCGGGAGUAUGAACUGGAAAGACCAAAGUCAGUUAUAGUAUGCCAACAUGGAAUUGAUCGCCGGUUCUGUGAAUCCAAGUUGAGUUGUAUUCCCGGGCCUUGUCCAACAUCAGAUGAUUUAAAAUACACCAUGACUCGUUUAGCAGUAGAUGGAGCUGAUAUUUAUAUUGUGGAACAUGGUUGUGCUACAAAUAUAAAGAUGGGUACAAUUCGAGUUGCAAACUGUAAUCUUCACAAUCAGUCAGUUGGGGAAGGAAUAAGUGCUGCAAUUCAGGACUUUCAAGUGAGACAGUAUAUUGAACAAUUAAAUAACUGCAGGAUUGGACUUCAGCCAGCAGUGCUGCGGAGAGCCUACUGGCUGGAAGCUGGGUCAGCCAACUUAGGUCUUAUUACAGUUGAUAUUGCGUUAGCUGCCGAUCAUCAUUCUAAACACGAGGCACAAAGACAUUUCUUGGAAACUCAUGAUGCCAGAACAAAAAGAUUGUGGUUUUUGUGGCCAGAUGAUAACUUGAAGAAUAAAAGGUGCAGAAACAAGUGUGGCUGUCUCGGUGGCUGUAGAUUCUUUGGUGGCACAGUAACUGGCCUAGAUUUCUUCAAACUUGAAGAGUUGACACCUUCCAGUAGCUCUGCAUUUUCAAGCACAAGUGCAGAGUCUGAUAUGUAUUAUGGCCAGUCUUUGCUACAGCCUGGAGAGUGGAUCAUUACUAAAGAAAUCCCCAAGACUGUAGAUGGAAAUGUGAGCAGUAUGAAGAGGAAAGAAUGGGAAAACAAAUCAGUGGGACUAGAAGGAGAGAGGAAGACUCAGCACCUUAGUCUUCAGGUGCCCUUAAGGUCGCACAGCUCGUCCUCUUCCUCAGAGGAGAACAGCAGCUCUAGUGCUGCGCAGCCCUUACUGGCCGGUGAGAAGGAGAGCCCCUCUUCUGCUGCUGAUGACCCCUCGGCUCAGAAAGAUUUCUUACAUGGUACCAAAAGAGAUGAUGGCCAAGCAAGUAUUCCUACAGAAAUCUCAGGAACCAGUCCUGUGUCUCCUAACACCCAAGAAAAGUCAGUAGGACAGUCUCCGCUCAGAUCUCCUUUGAAGCGGCAAGCGUCCGUGUGCUCCACCCGCCUCGGCAGUACUAAGAGUCUCACCGCUGCUUUUUAUGGGGACAAACAGCCUGUUACAGUUGGAGUCCAAUUUAGUAGUGAUGUCUCUCGAAGUGACGAGAAUGUCCUAGACUCACCAAAACAGAGGAGAAGUUUUGGUUCAUUCCCUUACACCCCAUCAGCUGACUCUAAUUCAUUUCAUCAGUAUCGGUCAAUGGAUUCCAGUAUGUCAAUGGCUGAUAGUGAAGCCUACUUCUCUGCAGCUGAAGAGUUUGAGCCCAUUAGCAGUGAUGAAGGCCCUGGAACUUAUCCUGGUAGAAAAAAGAAGAAAAAGCAAAUGCAGCAGAUUGACUACAGUAGGGGCUCCAUAUAUCACAGUGUAGAAGGACCCCUUACUGUCCAUGGAGAAGGCCUUCCAGAUCCCCGAACCCUCCCAUUCAAAACGCAUCCUUCCCAGGCUUCCUUUGUUUCUGCAUUAGGUGGUGAAGAUGAAGUCAUAGAACACCUGUACAUUGUAGAAGGUGAGAAAACAGGAGAGACUGAGCAGAUCACAUCUCAGCAGCCUGUGAUGAGUUGUUAUCAGACUUACCUUACUCAGUUUCAGGUAAUUAACUGGUCAGUUAAACAUCCUACCAACAAAAGAACCUCCAAGUCCUCGUUGCAUCGACCCCUUGACCUAGAUACACCAACCAGUGAAGAAAGUUCCUCAUCCUUUGAACAGCUCUGCAUUCCAACAUUCAAGGUCAUCAAACAGGGACUUACUGCGAAUUCUUUGCUAGAUAGAGGGAUGCAACUUUCAGGAUCAACUUCAAACACACCAUAUACUCCACUGGACAAGAAAAUUGUUGAUAACACAGAUGAUGAAACAUUAACAGAAGAGUGGACCCUAGAUCAGCCUGUUGCUCAGACCAAGACAACAGCCAUUGUUGAAGUAAAAGGAACUGUUGAUGUUGUUCUGACUCCCCUGGUGGCCGAAGCCUUAGACAGAUAUAUUGAAGCUAUGGUUCACCGUGCAAGUACUCGGCACCCAGCUGCAAUUGUAGAUGACCUUCAUACUAAAGUCCUUAGAGAAGCUGUGCAAAAUAGCAAGACUACCUUCUCAGAAAAUUUAUCCCCCAAGCAAGAUAUUCGAGGAACAAAGACUGAGCAUCCUAUGAUAGGAACAACUAACCAGGCACAAAUUCAGACAAAUGUCACAACGAAGCAAGAUAAUGUGACAAUUAAAGGUCUGCAGGCUAAUGUGAGCAUACCAAAGGUUAACUUAUGCUUGUUGCAAGCUUCAGUGGAAGAAUCUCCAGCCACAGUUCCUAGUAGAAGUGUGACUCAUGUUUCCCUGGUGGCUUUGUGCUUUGACAGAAUUGCUACACAAGUUCGUAUGAACAGGGGUGUGGUUGAAGAGGCUGCAAAUAAUGUAGAAGCUGGUAAAUCAUCCAAUUUUGAUAGAUAUGUUCAUGCCAGUAAGAUGCAGCCUCAGUCAUCUGGGUCUCUCAGGUCAAAUGCCGGAGCGGAGAAAGGCAAAGAGAUUGCUGCCAAGUUAAAUAUCCAUAGAGUCCAUGGGCAGCUUAGAGGUCUUGAUACUACAGACAUUGGGACCUGUGCCAUCACUGCCAUUCCCUUUGAAAAGUCCAAAGUUUUAUUUACUCUUGAAGAAUUGGAUGAAUUUACUUUUGUAGAUGAGACAGAUCAACAAGCUAUCCCAGAUGUUACACGGAUAGGUCCCAGUCAAGAAAAAUGGGGCUGGAUAAUGUUUGAAUGUGGACUUGAAAAUUUAACUAUAAAAGGAGGAAGACAAUCUGGUGCAGUUUUAUAUAAUAGUUUUGGAAUUAUGGGUAAAACUAGUGUCACGGAAAGGGGUGGAGUGCUGACAUCCAAUAAUUCUUCUGAUUCUCCUACGGGCAGUGGCUACAAUACUGAUGUCUCGGACGAUAACCUACCAUGUGACCGAGCUAGUCCUUCCUCUGACAUAAAUGGAAACUCAGUUUCGGAUGAGCAAGAUGAAGGAGUUGAAUCUGAUGAUUUGAAAAAAGAUCUACCUCUAAUGCCACCACCUCCAGAUUCAUGUAGCAUGAAACUGACCAUUAAAGAGAUUUGGUUUAGUUUUGCAGCUCCCACCAAUGUGAGAUCUCCUGCACAUGCAUUUUCUAGGCAGCUGAACCUCUUAAGCACUGCAACCCCAGCUGUUGGUGCAUGGCUGGUUCCUAUUGAUCAACUCAAGUCAUCCUUAAACAAAUUAGAGACUGAGGGAACCUUGCGAAUUUGUGCUGUUAUGGGAUGCAUAAUGACAGAAGCAUUAGAGAAUAAAAGUGUACAUUUUCCUCUAAGAAGUAAAUACAAUAGACUUACAAAAGUUGCUCGCUUUCUCCAAGAAAAUCCAUCUUGUUUAUUAUGUAAUAUUCUACACCACUACCUGCACCAAGCAAAUUACUCCAUCAUUGAUGAUGCCACAAUGAGUGAUGGGCUUCCUGCAUUGGUAACUUUAAAGAAAGGAUUGGUUGCUUUAGCAAGGCAGUGGAUGAAGUUCAUCGUGGUAACACCUGCCUUUAAAGGAGUUAGCUUACACAGACCAGCUCAGCCCCUAAAGCCUCCAGCGACUGUGGACCAGGAGCAUGAAGAGGGACUUGGCCUGGAUAAUGGAGGUGGUCUGCAAAGUGAUACUAGUGCUGAUGGUGCAGAAUUUGAGUUUGAUGCAGCCACAGUCAGUGAACAUACAAUGCUUCUAGAAGGAACAGCUAACCGACCACCACCUGGGAGUUCUGGACCUGUCACUGGAGCUGAAAUAAUGAGGAAGCUUUCUAAAACUCAUACCCAUAGUGACUCUGCAUUAAAAAUAAAGGGCAUUCAUCCCUAUCAUUCUCUGAGUUAUACCAGUGGGGACACUGCUACAGAUUCUCCUGUGCACGUUGGACGUUCUGGGAUGCCAGUAAAGGAAAGUCCAAGGAAGGAGAGCCUUCUCAGCUAUCUGACUGGGAGCUUCCCAAGCCUGCACAACCUUCUGGAAGGCACUCCUCAGAGAAGUAGUGCAGCUGUGAAAAGUAGCUCCCUGACAAGAACAGGGAAUACAGUAGCCACAGACAUGUUGUCUGAACAUCCUUUGUUAUCUGAGCCAUCAUCUGUGAGUUUUUAUAAUUGGAUGUCAAAUGCUGUGGGAAAUCGUGGAAGUGUGGUACAGGAAUCUCCUGCUACAAAGUCAGGACAUAACAGUCUUCCAACAGGAGUUGCACCCAAUCUUCCCACAAUACCAUCAGCCUCAGAUUUCAACACUGUCUUGUCCAGUGAUCAGAAUACUCUGGAUGGGACACAUUCUCAGCACAGUACUAGUCAAGAUGAUGUAGCAGGUGUAGAAGAAGCAAAUCAAGGGUUUCCUGCUGUUCAGCUUGCUGAUGCACAGGUUGUUUUUAAACCUCUUCUAAGUCACACAGGGAUCCAGUCACAGGACACAAUGCCCCUUUGUUACCGGAUGUACUUUGGAGAACACCUUUCAUUUUCAGGAACUUUAGACUGCCUCAGAGCAGAUAUUGUAGAUUCGGACACAGCUAAAGACAGAAAAGGGAAAAGAGCAAGAAGGCAAGGCCAUGUGAAUCUUCCCCCACUGGAGUUCAAGCCUGCAUUAAUGUUGGAAACCUUCAGCAUCAGUGCUGUUGUGAUGGAAAAGUCAGUGUGCACUCCACAAAACUCCACCAGUGCCCUUUCCUUUCAUGAUCUCAACAAGCGCUAUUACAACACCUUCCAUUGCAACUUCACUAUUUCCUGCCAGUCAAUAAGUCAGCAUGUGGAUAUGGCUCUGGUCCGUCUUAUCCAUCAAUUCAGUACAAUGAUAGAUGACAUCAAAGCAACUCAGACAGACAUUAAACUUAGUAGAUACACAGCUGGAUCAGCUUCCCCCACACCUACCUUCAAAACCAGAAAACAUCGGGAUUUCCGUUCAUCUGACUUCAGCCGCAGUUCGAGAGGGAGUCUCAAUGGUGGCAACAGAGUAAAUAAUGCUAAGAACAAACGGGCCAACAAUGAGAACAAUAAAAAAGAAUCCCGAAACAAAAAUUCAUUAGGAAGGUCUGAAAGAAGAACUUCAAAAGUAUCUAGGAAAGGUUCAAAAGAUGUAGUGGAUCAUAUGACCAUCCAUAUGGAUGAUUCAGAUUCCAUUACAGUGUCUGAGCAAAGUGAGCCUUCUGCUGAAUGCUGGCAGAAUAUGUAUAAAUUGCUUAACUUCUAUUCACUUAUCUCAGAUCCAACAGGAAUAUUGGAAAAAUCCUCAGAAACAUUUGGACCAGCAGGUGUUCGGAGUCCUACAGAGCCAACAUGUAGAGUUGUGUUCGAGAAUGAACAAGACAACAACAGCUUGACUAAAACACAGAGGAAACGUAGUCUGGUAACCUCUGAACCUCAGCAUGUUACUUUAAUUGUGUUUGGGAUUGGCAUGGUGAACCGUACACACCUAGAGGCAGAUAUUGGUGGUCUGACAAUGGAAUCAGAACUGAAAAGGAUCCAUGGCAGUUUCACCCUUAAGGAAAAAAUGAAAGAUGUUUUGCAUCAAAAGAUGACUGAGACCUGUGCUACUGCUCAUAUUGGUGGGGUUAAUAUUGUGCUGCUUGAAGGGAUUACACCAAAUAUACAAUUGGAGGAUUUUCCUACAUCUCCUACAAGUACAGCCAAACAAGAAUUUCUAACGGUGGUGAAGUGUAGUAUAGCCAAGUCCCAAGCCCUCUACAGCGCUCAGAGAGGGCUGAAGACAAACAACGCUGCGGUGUUCAAAGUGGGGGCUAUCAGCAUCAACAUCCCUCAGCACCCUGCCACUCUACACAGCAUGAUGGUUCGAAGUUCUCACCAGCUGUCCAAACAAAUCUCAGACCUUAUUAGACAACCUUCUACAGCCCCACAGCCUAUGAAAGAAGAUAUUGCAACCCCACUGCCUUCUGAAAAAACGCCAACAAGUGUUAAUCAAACUCCUAUUGAAACAAAUGAAUUUCCUCAACUCCCAGAAGGCUUAGAGAAGAAACCUAUUGUUCUCAAGUUCAGCGCCAUGUUAGAUGGCAUAGCCAUUGGGGCAGCACUUUUGCCAUCACUGAAGGCAGAGUACAAGAUGGGGAGAAUGAGAAGCCAUGGGAUGACAGGUGCACAGACAAGGUUUACAUUUGAACUCCCAAAUCACAGAUUACGUUUUACUUCUAAAGUUUCUGCGACAGAUAUGUCAACUAUCCCUCCUUCUGCAAGUCUUAACCUUCCCCCUGUUACCAUGUCAGGGAAAUACAUUAUGGAAGAACACGAUAGUUACUCAGAUCAAGUGUGGUGUAUAGAUGAACUGCCUUCUAAACAAGGGUACUAUUUACAAGGGAAUUAUCUACGCUGUGUGGCAGAAGUUGGUUCCUUUGAACACAAUCUCACAACUGAUCUUCUAAACCACUUGGUGUUUGUACAGAAAGUAUUUAUGAAGGAAGUGAAUGAAGUAAUACAGAAGGUGUCUGGUGGGGAGCAGCCUAUUCCUCUCUGGAAUGAACAUGACGGAACAACAGAUGGAGAUAAGCCGAAAAUUCUCCUGUAUUCCCUGAAUUUACAGUUUAAGGGUAUUCAAGUGACAGCCACCACACCAUCAAUGAGAGCUGUGAGAUUUGAAACUGGAUUGAUUGAAUUGGAACUUUCCAACCGACUUCAAACCAAAGCUUCACCAGGAAGCAGCAGCUAUCUGAAAUUAUUUGGUAAAUGCCAAGUGGACUUAAAUCUGGCAUUAGGGCAAAUUGUCAAACAUCAGGUUUAUGAAGAAGCUGGUUCUGAUUUUCAUCAAGUUGCCUAUUUUAAAACUAGAAUUGGACUAAGGAAUGCCCUUCGAGAGGAAAUCAGUGGCUCUUCAGAUAGGGAAGCUGUGCUUAUUACUCUGAAUAGACCAAUUGUUUAUGCACAACCUGUGGCCUUUGAUAGAGCUGUUCUGUUUUGGCUGAAUUAUAAGGCUGCCUAUGACAACUGGAAUGAACAACGAAUGGCUUUACAUAAGGAUAUUCAUAUGGCUACAAAGGAAGUGGUAGACAUGCUCCCUGGUAUCCAGCAAACAUCAGCCCAGGCCUUUGGGACUCUCUUCCUCCAGCUAACUGUGAAUGAUCUAGGGAUUUGCCUCCCUAUAACAAAUACUGCACAGUCUAACCACACUGGAGACCUGGACACUGGCUCUGCUCUAGUGCUGACCAUUGAAAGUACUCUCAUCACUGCAUGUUCCUCAGAGUCUCUGGUUAGCAAAGGCCAUUUCAAGAACUUUUGUAUCCGUUUUGCUGAUGGCUUUGAGACAUCGUGGGAUGACUGGAAACCAGAAAUCCAUGGAGAUCUAGUAAUGAAUGCUUGUGUAGUUCCAGAUGGUACCUAUGAGGUUUGCUCAAGGACUACAGGACAAGCUGCAGCUGAAAGUAGUAGUGCCGGAACCUGGACACUGAAUGUAUUGUGGAAAAUGUGUGGGAUUGAUGUCCACAUGGACCCUAACAUUGGCAAAAGGCUUAAUGCUCUGGGCAACACCCUUACAACACUGACAGGGGAGGAAGACAUAGAUGACAUUGCUGACCUCAACUCCGUGAACAUAGCUGACCUGUCAGAUGAAGAUGAAGUCGAUACUAUGUCUCCUACAAUCCACACUGAAGCUGUAGAUUAUCGAAGACAAGGAACAUCUUCUAGUCAACCAGGAGAACCGAGAGGAAGAAAGAUUAUGAAGCGUUUAGUGGACAUCAGGGAACUAAAUGAACAGGCCAAAGUAAUAGAUGAUCUUAAAAAAUUGGGUGCAAGUGAAGGAACCAUAAAUCAGGAAAUUCAGCGUUAUCAACAGUUGGAGUCUGUCGCUGUGAAUGACAUCCGAAGAGAUGUUCGUAAAAAGUUACGGAGAUCCAGUAUGCGAGCUGCUUCCCUCAAGGAUAAGUGGGGUUUAGGUUACAAACCAAGUUACAGCCGAUCUAAGAGCAUUUCAGCUUCUGGAAGACCACCUCUUAAGAGAAUGGAACGAGCAAGUUCUCGAAUAGGAGAAACUGAUGAGCUCCCAGAAAUCCGUGUGGAUGCAGCAUCUCCUGGACCCAGAGUAACCUUUAACAUCCAGGAUACAUUGAAAAAUACAGUAUGGGCAAGUUCACCACAGUCCAGCUCUCCAGGGGAAGGGUACUUUCAGUUUCCAGAGGAGACAGAACUGGAUCUUUUGUCAGUAACAAUUGAAGGUCCAUCACAUUAUUCAUCAAAUAGUGAAGGAUCGUGUUCAGUGUUCAGCUCUCCCAAAACCACAGGCGGCUUUUCACCGAGUGUUCCUUUCCAGUCAGAAGAUGGCCGAAGGGAUGACAGUCUGUCUUCUACCAGUGAAGACUCUGAGAAGGAUGAAAAGGAUGAAGACCGUGAGAGGGAAAGAUUUUAUAUUUACAGGAAACCCUCACACACCUCUCGGAAGAAAGCAACAGGCUUUGCUGCUGUUCAUCAGCUACUUACUGAGCGCUGGCCUACAACCCCAGUCAACCGAAGUCUUAGUGGCACAGCUAGUGAGAGAAAUAUUGACUUUGAACUUGAUAUACGAGUUGAAAUUGACAGUGGAAAGUGUGUGCUUCACCCAACCACCCUUCUGCAGGAGCAUGAUGAUAUAAGUUUAAGAAGGAGUUAUGAUAGAAGUUCUAGGAGUUUAGAUCAAGAUUCUCCUUCAAAAAAGAAAAAAUUUCAAACGAAUUAUGCUUCAACAACCCAUUUAAUGACUGGCAAGAAAGUGCCAUCCUCUCUACAGACAAAGCCCAGUGACUUAGAAACAACAGUAUUUUACAUUCCUGGAGUAGAUGUAAAGUUGCAUUACAAUUCUAAGACACUAAAGACUGAAUCACCUAACGCCUCCAGAGGAUCUUCCUUGCCUAGAACUCUCUCCAAAGAGUCCAAGCUGUAUGGUAUGAAAGAUAUCGCAGCACCUCCUUCUUCUCCUCCUUUACCUUGCACUGUCCAGAGCAAGACUAACACCUUACUUCCUCCCCAACCCCCACCUAUUCCCUCAGCUAAAGGAAAAGGAAGUGGAGGAGUAAAAACCGCCAAGCUAUAUGCCUGGGUAGCGCUGCAGUCAUUACCAGAAGAAAUGGUUAUUAGUCCUUGUCUAUUGGACUUUCUUGAAAAGGCUCUGGAAACUAUCCCAAUUACACCAAUAGAAAGGAAUUACACAGCAGUCAGCUCACAAGAUGAAGAUAUGGGACAUUUCGACAUCCCAGAUCCUAUGGAAGAGUCAACAACAUCGCUAGUGUCAUCUUCAACAUCUGCAUACUCCUCCUUCCCUGUAGACGUUGUGGUUUAUGUGCGAGUUCAGCCUUCACAGAUCAAAUUUAGCUGUUUGCCAGUAUCAAGAGUAGAAUGCAUGCUGAAGCUACCAUCUCUUGACUUGGUAUUUUCUUCAAACCGAGGAGAACUCGAAACUUUGGGGACUACAUACCCUGCAGAGACUUUAUCCCCUGGUAGUAAUGCUCCUCAGAGCGGAGUAAAGACCUCUGCUAGCAAAGCUGGAAUGCCAGGCUCUUCAGGAUUAGGCAGCCCACUUGGCCGAAGUCGACACAGCAGCAGCCAGUCUGAUCUGACUGGCUCCAGCAGCAGUUCAUCUGGCCUGAGCUUCACUGCAUGCAUGUCUGACUUUUCCCUGUAUGUGUUUCACCCCUAUGGUGCAGGGAAGCAGAAAUCCACUGUUUCUGGUCUCACAUCUGGAUCAGGAGGACUAGGGAAUGUGGAUGAAGAACCCACUUCAGUCACUGGUCGGAAAGACUCACUAAGUAUAAACCUUGAGUUUGUAAAAGUGAGCUUGUCUCGGAUAAGGCGCUCAGGAGGUGCCUCGUUUUUUGAAAGUCAAUCUGUAAGCAAGUCUGCAAGCAAAAUGGACACUACAUUAAUCAAUAUAUCUGCUGUUUGUGAUAUAGGGUCUGCUUCAUUUAAGUAUGAUAUGCGCCGACUCAGCGAAAUCCUUGCAUUUCCAAGAGCCUGGUAUAGGAGAAGUAUUGCAAGGCGCCUGUUCCUUGGAGACCAAACUGUAAAUUUGCCAACAUCUGGUCCAGGGACUCCUGAUUCCAUUGAAGGAGUGAGCCAGCACCUUUCUCCUGAGUCAUCAAGGAAAGCAUACUGCAGGACCUGGGAUCAGCCAAGCCAGUCAGCCUCCUUCACCCAUAUGCCUCAGUCACCCAAUGUGUUCAAUGAGCACAUGACCAAUAAUACCAUGUCACCAGGGACAGCAGCACAGAGCCUCAAGUCCCCAGCUUCCAUUCGAUCAAGGAGUGUUUCAGACUCUUCAGUUCCUCGAAGAGAUUCAAUUUCAAAAACAUCAACUCCUGUCAACAAAUCAAACAAAGGAGCAAGUCAGCAAGGGACUCCAUGGGAGACACUUGUUGUGUUCGCUAUCAACCUGAAACAACUAAAUGUCCAAAUGAAUAUGAGUAAUGUCAUGGGAAAUACAACUUGGACAACUAGUGGUUUGAAAAGCCAAGGCCGGCUUUCUGUAGGAAGUAACCGUGAUCGAGAGAUUAGCAUGUCUGUUGGUCUGGGAAGGUCCCAGUUAGAUUCCAAAGGAGGAGUAGUUGGUGGGACCAUUGAUGUCAAUGCUUUGGAGAUGGUCGCUCAUAUUUCUGAACAUCCAAAUCAGCAACCAAACCACAAAAUACAGAUUACUAUGGGUUCUACUGAGUCUCGAGUUGAUUACAUGGGCUCAAGUAUCCUCAUGGGUAUUUUCAGUAAUGCUGAUCUUAAACUUCAGGAUGAAUGGAAAGUAAACUUAUACAACGCCUUGGAUUCAAGCAUGACUGAUAAAAGUGAGAUUUUUGUGCAUGGAGAUUUGAAGUGGGAUAUUUUUCAAGUAAUGAUAUCAAGAUCAACUACACCAGACUUGAUAAAAAUAGGAAUGAAGCUCCAAGAGUUUUUCACACAACAGUUUGAUACUAGUAAACGAGCUCUGUCGACCUGGGGACCUGUUCCUUAUUUGCCACCCAAGACAAUGACUAACAACCUGGAAAAGAAUUCACAAGAACAAUUGCUUGAUGCUGCACACCAUCGACAUUGGCCUGGCGUGUUGAAGGUUGUAUCUGGAUGCCACAUAUCCUUAUUUCAGGUUCCAUUGCCAGAAGAUGGGAUGCAGUUUGGAGGAUCCAUGAGCUUGCAUGGAAAUCAUAUGACCCUGGCUUGUUUUCAUGGUCCAAAUUUCCGUUCAAAAUCCUGGGCCCUUUUUCAUUUAGAAGAACCAAAUAUUGCCUUUUGGACUGAAGCUCAGAAAAUCUGGGAAGAUGGCUCUAGUGAUCAUUCUACAUACAUUGUUCAAACACUGGAUUUUCAUCUGGGUCAUAAUACCAUGGUUACCAAACCAUGUGGUGCUCUGGAAAGUCCCAUGGCAACAAUAACCAAGAUAACAAGGCGGCGUCACGAAAACCCACCCCAUGGAGUAGCCAGUGUAAAAGAAUGGUUCAACUAUGUCACUGCCACAAGGAAUGAAGAGCUAAACUUACUUCGUAAUGUUGAUGCUAAUAACACGGAGAACAGUACUACUGUGAAGAAUUCUAGUUUGUUGAGUGGGUUCCGGGGAGGCUCUAGCUACAACCAUGAAACAGAGACCAUCUUUGCAUUACCAAGGAUGCAGCUAGAGUUUAAAUCAAUUCAUGUUCAAGAACCACAGGAGCCUUCAUUACAAGAUGCCAACUUGAAACCCAAGGUAGAAUGCAGUGUGGUGACAGAGUUCACUGACCACAUCUGUGUGACCAUGGAUGCUGAGCUCAUCAUGUUUCUCCAUGAUCUAGUAUCAGCAUAUCUGAAAGAAAAAGAAAAGGCCAUUUUUCCACCUCGGAUUUUAUCCACUCGACCAGGACAGAAAUGUCCACUCAUUAUACACGAUGAUAAUUCCUCUGACAGAGACAGGGAAGAUAGCAUUACUUACACCACUGUGGACUGGCGAGACUUUAUGUGCAACACAUGGCAUCUGGAGCCUACUCUUAGAUUAAUUUCUUGGACUGGAAGAAAGAUUGACCCUGUAGGUGUUGAUUAUAUUCUUCAAAAAUUGGGCUUUCACCAUGCCAGGACUACUAUCCCCAAAUGGCUUCAGAGAGGAGUGAUGGACCCGCUGGACAAGGUGCUGUCCGUUCUCAUCAAAAAACUCGGAACUGCCCUGCAGGAUGAGAAGGAGAAAAGAGGAAAAGACAGAGAAGAACACUAAAUAGCAGCUCCAUCUAUGAAACACCUGACUCUGUCCGUUAAAUUCUAUUACACUGCAAUUUUUUUCAGGAUAACUUUAAAUGGUACUUUAAAAUAAUUCUAAUUUUGUGGCCAUUAUUGAAAGUUUGUAAGUUAAUCUGUUUAUUUUAGCUCUACCAUUCUGUAAACAAUAAAGUAUUGCAUGAAAAUGUAAAUUUUGUAGAAAAACUAAAUUAAAAGAUACACAUCUGCUCAUUAAAGUUUAUGAUUGUUUUAUGUGCAAUAUGGUUGCUGCAAUUAAAGUAUUUACAGAAUAACUGUGAAUUUUUUUUUCUUCUUGGCCAUAACUGUUAGAAAAAAAAUCUUGUUGAUAAUGUGAUUGGGGGUCUUUUUUUAUGUAGUCUUGUAUAAAGAUCUAUUUGUAUAUAAUUUGAGUAAUUGUGAUGAUUAUAUACCACAAAAUAUUGUUUGUAACUAUUGUAAUAAAGUCACAAUAAUGGCUUCAGUCC